GGCUUCUGUGAGUUUUCAACCAAUUUUGAAGAUAUGGCUGUAAAAUAUAGCAAAUCGUUGGCAUGGCAUCAUUGUGUAGAAUAGGACGCACAGUUUGAUACCCAAUUUGCUAUACUUUUAGUAAAGUUGACAUCUGAAGUUGGUUUUAGAGUGAAAACCGAGCGUUGCCGAAGGACGAAUGACGUCACUUGUAAAAAGAGGAAGACAGUAGGUCCGAGAAUGGCGACUCCGUGAUCAGACUCGUAGGGGGGUGAUUGGGGGUUGGCCUCGCUCAAUCUAUGGAUUCAUGACCAUAUUAUCGUUGAUUUUUGAAUGAUUUAGUUUAUGUGCACUGAUUAUCAUCUAAAUUGAACCAGAGAUGUCGGCAAACAUGUAUCGAGUUGGAGAUUAUGUCUUUUUUGAAACCUCGUCGACAGCACCAUAUCAAAUUCGGCGAAUAGAGGAGCUCAACAAGACUCAAAAUGGAAAUGUGGAGGCUAAGGUUAUGUGCUUCUACAGACGAAGGGACAUCUCAAAUUCUCUCAUUAUCCUGGCGGACAAACAUCACAACGCUCUCGACGAGGAAGGAGAGGAAAAGAGAGAAAUUGAUGAUGAGUUAGCGCCCAAGCCGGAUGGAGAAACCAACGGUGGCCCGCUAAGCCCGGCCAAAGAUCCGGUGGAGGAGAACGGCACAGAGAAUAACAGCCCGACCAAUGGCAGCACCAACAACAACAACAACCACCAGGCUGGUGUAGGCGCAGGCGGCCUGGGCAUGGAGGAGAUCCCGGAGAAGCUGCGGCACCAGCUGAAGCACCGCGAGCUCUUCCUGUCUCGCCAGGUGGAGACGCUUCCAGCCACACACAUCCGCGGCAAAUGCUGCGUCACACUGCUCAACGAAACAGAGUCCCUCUUGUCUUACCUCAACAAGGACGACACAUUUUUCUACUCAUUAGUGUAUGACCCCCAGCAGAAAACUCUCCUCGCUGACAAGGGGGAAAUCAGAGUGGGCUCCAAGUAUCAGGCAGAGAUGAUCCCUAAACUCAGUGAAGGUGAAGGUGAUGUCAGAAAGUCCGAGGACUUGGAGGAGCUGGUCUGGGAUCCCCUUCAUGGUCUUUCUGAGAAAGAGAUCGAUCAGUUCCAGAUCAUUGCUAGAUCUGUGGGCACAUUUGCCCGAGCCCUGGACUGCACAAGCACUGUCCGCCAGCCUAGUCUACACAUGAGCGCAGCUGCUGCCUCUAGAGAUAUUACCAUUUUUCAUGCAAUGAAUACCCUCCAUCAACACAAGUACAACAUUGCCAAAGCUAUCCAAAGCCUUGUGCCAUCUGGGGGCCCCGUGCUGUGCCGAGACGAGAUGGAGGAAUGGUCAGCUUCAGAGGCUAACCUCUUUGAAGAUGCCAUCGAGCAGUAUGGCAAAGACUUCAAUGGUAUCCGACAGGACUUUUUACCUUGGAAAUCCCUCAAAAGUAUAGUAGAAUAUUAUUACAUGUGGAAAACCACAGACAGAUACGUUCAACAGAAACGAAUCAAGGCAUCAGAGGCUGAGAGCAAGUUGAAGCAGGUGUACAUUCCGAACUACAACAAACCAAACCCAGCAGCCAUUACCAACAAGCUGAACGGAGCUGACGGUCAAGUCUCAGGGAGGGCGUGUGAGAGCUGCUACACGGCCCACUCCAAUCAGUGGUACUCAUGGGGCCCGGUGCAUAUGCAGUGUCGUCUCUGCUCUAACUGCUGGUCCUACUGGAAGAAGUAUGGAGGCUUGAAGAUGCCCACAAGAUUAGAUGGUGAGAGGCCUGCUCCCAAUCAAAGACAAGAGAGGAUAGCCCAGAUGAAUUCCAUCCGCAUGCAGAAAUGCACUUUCACUGGUUGUGGGAAGGUAAGCCAAAGACAGGAGUUUAAGCUGAAGGCCCACCUGAACCGGCACAUGGCCACAUCCCACGGGAUGCCCAUACAGCCUGGCAGCCCGCGACCAGUAAUGAAAACACGGGCUGCCUUCUGCCUUGUCACCACAGAGCUAACCCGCAUUUCUCGCCGCUUGUGUCGGGACCUCCUGCGACCCCGACACGCUACCCGUUGCCCUUUCACACCCAUUAACACAUCUUUAAUCAAACAAGAAUGUCAGCUGCGGCUUUCAGAGCGACCUUCGUACCAGCAGCCUGCCAAGUACCGUACGCCGGCCACUCUAGACCCCGUGGUUGCCAGACUUGGCAUCGACAUCAAGCAGGAGAAACCGUCACUGCUGUUGAAAGGGCCCAACUAUGGUGGUGGUGACCGCAGCAGCACUCCCAAAGAGAGACCACAAGAGAAUGUCAAAGUGGGAUCUGGCCAUCCAUCCAUCAUGAAGAAAAGAGGAUAUGAACAGACCAAUGGUGUUGAUUCAGGUCCAGCGGCGAAACGUCCGAACAUGGGAGUAAUCCGCCAGGCUGGCACAGCCAUCAAGACUCCAGGAGUCACACGGAGAGGCAGUGUGCUGAACCACAACAGCGUGAACGGCCGGAGCCGCUUCUGUGGGAAAAGUAUGAGGAUGCAGCUGGUGGGCUGGAUGGACAACCCGGACGAUGUCUACUUUGUGGCCACCGCAGCCACCAGGAAAAUCCGCAAGCAGCUUCAGAUGAAUGAUUUCAAGCGCCUGGCCCGCAACCCGUGGAAAACCCUGAACGUGAAACCUCCGCUGCCCUCUGGCAGCCUGAGUGGCAGCAAUGGACACCGGCCCACAGUGCCGCAGGAGGUGGUGGUGCUGGACUGAUUAACUCGCACACACACACUCUCACUUUUCAGACAGGCGAACUGGACUGACCCAUGAAAUCUUUCAAGACAAGAGCAGAGAUAGAGUCAAAGGUUUGGUGCAGUGCGGCCUGCCUGCCUGCCUCCCCCCAAUCCCUGCCUGUGACUGUGUGGAGCGUCAUGGAAGGAGGCGGCGAUGACUGCCACACCCACCUGCAGCAAACUCUCACUCACUCGGCUCCCAGCUUGUGUAUCAUAGGCCCUCACCCCAGCGACCCCCCGGCCCCCCCAACCACUACCACCACAUACACACACAGAAACACACUCACACACACACACAC